CACCACCACCAACAACAACAACAACAACAGCAUCACCACGACGACCAUCACCACCAUCACCGCGACCUCCACCAACAACAAUACCAGCAACAACAACACCAUGAUGACGAUCAUCACCACAACAACGACAACCAGCAUCACCACCACCACCACCAACAACAACAACACCACGAUGACGAUGACGACCACCACCACCACCAUCAACAACAACAACAACAAUUGAAUCAUUUAUUAUAUUCAUCUAUGAAUUCAAAGAUAUUUAUUUGUUCAAUAUGUCAAAUGGAAACAAUCAAUUUUUAUAUGUUUGUUCAACAUAUGUCUAUACAUUUUAAUCAAUCCAAUUUAGAUCCAUUUCAAAAAAGGGAUCAUUUGAAUCAAUCAAUGAAUGAAUUUAAUAAUUAUAAAUUAUUAUGUAAUAUAUGUAAUCAUUUAUUGAAUUUUAAUCAAUUUAUUGAUUUAAUGAUUCAUUUACAAAAUAAACAUAUGAUAACUGAUUAUCGUUGUAAUGGAUGCGAAGAAACAUUUACGGAUCAAAUUCAAUGUCUUAUACAUAUUCUAUAUCAUCAUAUUACAACAACAAAAUCAACCAUCCAGGAUGAUAAUGAUGAUCAUGAUGAUACUACUAUUAGCCUAAACACUAGUAGUAGUAGUAGUAGUAGUAGUAGUCGUAGUAACAGUGGUAGUCAUAGUAAUACUAUUACUAAUCAUGAUCAUAACACAAAGAAAUCCAUUUCAUUCAAUGAAAAUGCCACAUGUAAAUAUCAAUACUUAAAUAGUACUCAUGACAAUGAUAUGAAAUUACAUAAUAUAAGUGCAAAUUCUGAUCACAUAUACACCAAUAAUCAUUCAUUAUCAAAUAGACAAGAAAAUGUUAAACUAGAUUCAACUACUACUACUAAUAAUAAUCAUCCGAUAAUCAAUGAAAGUAGUAUAAAUACAUUGGAUAUAAAUUAUCCUUAUCAUAUACAAUCAUUCAUUCAUUUUCUUACAAUGUUAUGUUGGCCUAAUUUAUGGUCUAUUAAUUGGAUACAAUCUGAUAUAGAUGGUAUAUUAAAGAAACAUUUGAAUAAUGAUUUAAAUCAAGAUCAUAUGAAUGUGAUAUCAAACAUGGAUGAGUAUACAAGACCAUUUACUUCAUCUUCCACAUUAUCAUCAGCAUCAUCAUCAUCAUCAUCGUCAUCAUUAUCCAUUCCCUCUUUGUCAUCAUUACAUUUUCAAGAAAAUUGUGAAAUACAUGGAUUAACCCCUAAAACAUUAAUCGAUACGGUCAUAUUAGAUGAAAUGAAAAAUAACAAAAUCAAUAAACCAAUCAUGUCAAAAGACCCAAAUUCAUUAAAUGAUCCAUGUACAACAUUUCAAUCAACUUCAAAUUGUAUAGUAUUAUUAACACAUUCACAUCCUGUACUUGGAUUAUUACCUUAUGAAAUUGCAUCAAAAAUGGAUAGUUAUAAAGCAUCAAAAAUAUGUCAUCUUUGUUUAAAAGAAUUUACUGAUGAAAUGACAGUACUACAUCAUCAAGUUGAAGAACAUAGUCUUGAAGAUUAUUCCAAUGUAUCAAAUUCUAUAAAUGAAUCAAAUUCAUUAUUCAUUCGUUGAAAUGAAUCCAUAUUGAAAAACAAUAAACAACUAAGACAAACAACCAUAAGAUGCUAUUUAUUGAAUAGAUUAUGAUUAUACUUGUGUGAUAUCAUUUCAGAUAUUUAUGUAUAAAAUUGAUUUUUUUUUCUCUCUUAUUUUUUCUUUGUUUUUCUUCUCUCUUUUAUUGAUCUUUCUGGCGAUUUACUUUAUAUAAUAAACAGUUGACCAAGAA